CUCGACCAGAACUUCCCAACUCGCAGCAAUCGCCACUACGCCUCAUAGAUACCACUGCGCUAGGGCAAGAAGACGCUCUCUCCUCCCCUUCGCAUCUACCAACGUCAAAACAAUUGCGCAGGUUGAGCAGCAUAGAUCAAUCUUGCUUGCGUGCUCUCGACAGGCCCGGACGCCACUUGCCGCCAACGCCUCCGACCUCAUCGAUACCCGGCGAAUCGAGCGACCCGACCUCUUCAGCAUCUUUCCCCCUCUUCUCCCAUAGCAUCGUCACCCACACUCUCUCGCUACAAUGGCCUUCGAUCUUGAUGCAUGCAUCGCCACCCUCUUGCGCAAGCAGCUCCUCGGCGAGGCCCUCCUCAAAGAGAUCUGCGAAAAGACGAAAGAGCUCCUCAUGCGUGAGGGCAACGUAGUCCACAUUUCUGCACCCGUUACCGUAGUGGGAGACAUCCACGGGCAAUUCUACGACUUGAUAGAGAUCUUCAGAAUAGGAGGCUACUCCCCGCAUACAAACUACCUCUUCCUAGGAGACUAUGUGGAUCGCGGCCUCUUCUCGGUCGAGACGAUCAGCCUGUUGACUUGUUUGAAGCUGCGAUAUCCGGAUAGGGUGCAGCUGAUUAGGGGCAACCACGAGAGUCGAGCGGUCACGCAGACGUACGGCUUCUAUACGGAGUGCACACGCAAGUACGGCGGAUCAACAAAGGUCUGGCAGCACUUCACGGACAUGUUUGACUUUCUGACCCUGUCCGUGGUCAUUGACGACCAGAUCUUCUGUGUCCACGGCGGUCUCUCCCCUUCCGUCCACUACAUCGACCAGAUCAAAGUUAUCGAUCGUUUCCGCGAGAUCCCGCACGAAGGGCCCAUGGCUGACCUCGUUUGGUCAGAUCCAGACCCGGACAAGGAGGAAUUUGCCAUCUCACCGCGAGGGGCCGGAUACACCUUUGGGAGCACCAUUGUCUCGCACUUCCUGGAAAGGAACGGGAUGAAUCAUAUUCUCAGAGCUCAUCAGCUUUGCAUGGAAGGCUUCUCGGUCCUGUACGACGACAAGCUCAGCACGGUGUGGAGUGCGCCAAACUACUGCUAUCGAUGCGGCAACAUGGCUUCAAUCCUUGAGGUUGGGCCGGGCGGGACAAAGCAUUUCAAUACCUUCAUGGCGGCGCCGGAGAACGAGAGAGAUGGACCGUUGCAGGCGGCAGAGAAGAAGCACGAUGCGGUGGAGUAUUUCCUGUGACUGCGAAGAGAACAAAGGAGACGCUGCUGUUCUGCUGCCCCGUGUACUACUAGAUCG